AACAAGAGAACAGCCAUCGCUGCUUUUAGGUGGUCCUGAAACUUGCAGCCCUGUGAAAACGCCUGCCCAAACCAGACCAGAUUACAAAGAGCGAUUAAGCAACCUCAAAGCUGGUUGAGGAAUUGCAAGGAUUUGAAAGCAAAAGGCCUUCCCCAACCGGAGAAGAUGAAGAAGUAAACAUUUCCCACAUCUCUUCCUCGCAAGCACUGCCCCUUAUCAGGAGCAUUCCAGCCUGCCCUGUUUGUCACAGGAACCGGCCGGAGCGGGAGCACGCUCGCAGCUGGUGGAGUGAUUCAGUGGUGAUGGGGAAAGGCAGGUGGAGCAGGUAAGUCACCUCUGGACAGGAAGGUAUAAAAGAUACCUGAAUUACAGCGGCAGGGCCACUUGUACACAGACCUACCGUGCUGGAAACAAGUCAGGAAGCAACCAGGGAGCUGGGAAACCGGAAAGCAACUUAUAACACAAGACACUAAGCCUAUCCUCUGGAGAGAAGACUCUUCAGGGGUAGAAAUCAAGAGCCUGGAACAUGCUUUUCUCCUCCUAAGCAGCACUUUGAACAGGCUUUGCCCAUGCUGCCACCAUAAUAUCUGAGUGCCUCCCAGCCUAAUAGGCUGCCAUAACGAGGUCCCUACUUGACCUCAUGGAGUCUUCUGCUCUCCUCCCUGCGCAGGUAUCGGGGAGCACCAGCCGGGAGUCUCCCAGGGCUCUCUUUAUUUCCCCGGGCACCAUCAUGUCCUGCUUCACACACCUAUGGCAUUCCACCACGGCGGAGUCUCCCACCAGCCCGGUCCCUGCCUCUCCAACUGAAAUCCCCAUCCCCAUCAGCCCCAUUGUUGUCACCUCCCCAGGAGAUGGCAAGAGGAAGGCGAGAUCCCCAACUGACAAACCUGGCUCUCCGAACCCAGCCUCUCCAAAGCCAGCCUCUCCUGUCGAGUGUUCCAUUUGCUUCAACACCUACGACAACACCUUCAAGACACCCAAACUGCUCCAAUGCUCCCAUGUUUUCUGCCUGGAAUGCGUGGCCCGUCUGAGCACGGGGCUGCCCCCGAACCAACCAGAGGACCAGCUCCCCUGCCCCUUCUGCAGGCAGUUGACCAGCAUCCCUCUGGAAGGUGCCCCAGCAUUGGAAACCAGUAAGGAGCUCCUUGCCACGCUGCCUCCCGAGCUCCAGCAGGAGAAGGUGCUGUGGAUGGAAGGGACCAAGCUGUGCUGCCGUCAGUCAUCCGACGACCCCGAGGAUCCAGACUCCUGUAUCUCCAUCGAUGUUGCCAUGAGCAAGCCAGAAAGCUCAGAGGCCCCCCCGACAGGGCUAGCUGGGAGGCUGUCCCGCUGUGACAUGUGUGAUGACUGGAAGCGCAUAGUCCUCCUCUCUGCCUUGAUCAUCAUCCUCUUCUGCAUCAUUCUGUGGCCAGUCCAGUGUGCCCUGAAGACAGGGAACCUCCGGUGCUUCACAAGGACUGUUGCCAUGAGCAGACCCGAGUAUCUUCCCCCUAAACACACCACGGCAGCCACACCAGUGACACAACUCCCUUUCCAGUAGCAGCAAAGCAGCUCCUCGCUCCCAUCUAGCAGCACAUCGUGGAGGUGGGAACAGGGCCGCUGCUCCAGCAGCAUUCCAUGGUCCUGGAAGACCUCAUGGCCCACUCCCCACGCUCCUACCUUGAACGCAUGCAUUCACCUUCAGGAGCUCUACUGAAGUACAUCCCUGCCAAGCCGUCUCCAGCCCAGGAAUGCCCCAAGGAGCUGCUGCAGCAUCCUGCUGCCAAAAUCCCCACGGAAAACAGAGCUCCGAAGGCUUCUGGAACCGUUUGCCCUGUGUGCCAUCCUGACUGGGUACCAGCUGCCAGUGGGUGCAAUUCCUCUAACUCCCUCAGGGAAUAAAGGGCUAUUUCUGCAAACUGAAGGAUCUACAUGAUUAUUCCUAAGAGGAGCUGGGAUUGGGAGGGUAAAGACAUGUCAAAGGCAUAGAAACAGAUGAAAAUCACCUUCAUGCCACACGCUUGGAACAUUUCCCUCGUGUUAUUCCAUGUUGGAGGUGUAAAUGCUGCCUCCUGCUGACCAAACAUGGAUGUGCCACCGGUACCCAUCACCUCGGUUGUGUUACCACCCCGAUGAGCUUGGGAACGGAGCAGAGAGCCCAUUCUACUCGCUUUUCCCUUAAGAAGAUGCUUAAAAAUCCCUCAUUCCUACCUGGAAAGCAACUCUGAACAUAAGGGGGGAAGUUUUUAGGCACUAUACAU